UCCUCGGCCGGUGGACCAUGGAGUCCCCGAGGCCGUUCGCGCCGGAGUGGUGCUCCCACUGGCUUCCCCUGAUGCAGGGGGGCGUUUGGAAGGCGUGGCUUUGUGAGUUCUGGCUGCUCCUGCUGAGUUCCGGUUUGAACGCGACGUUUUUGCCACACGAAGAGGACGUAACGUUUAUCAAUGAGUACGUGAACCUCCACAAUGAGCUCCGCGGCAACGUCUUCCCCCGAGGGUCUAACUUGCGCUUCAUGACCUGGGAUGUAGCUUUGUCACGGACUGCUAGAGCAUGGGGGAAAAAAUGUGUGUUUGAGCGUAACACUCAUUUAGAAGAACUAAAAAUGGCCCAUCCUGUAUUUAAUGGCAUUGGUGAAAAUAUUUGGGUCGGCCCUGAAAAUGAAUUUACUGCAAGUAUUGCUAUCAGAAGUUGGUUUGCAGAGAGGAAAAAGUACAAUUUUGAAAAGAACAGUUGCUCUGCUAACUGUUCUAAUUAUAUACAGCUUGUUUGGGACAGGUCUUACAAAGUUGGUUGUGCUGUUACUCCAUGCUCAAGAAUUGGACAUAUUAAACAUGCAGCACUCUUCAUAUGCAACUAUGCACCAGGAGGAGCUCUGGAGAGAAGGCCUUAUAUACGAGGAGUAAUUUGUUCUCAUUGUGGCAGCCAUGACAGAUGCACAGAUUUCCUAUGCAGUAAUGCAGAUCGUGACCAAGCCAUAUAUUACCGAUUUUGGUAUCCAAGAUGGGAAGUGCCCCGGCCAACUAUAUGUGAUCCACUGUGCAUAUUUGUUUUCCUACUGAGAAUUCUGUGCUUUUCACUAUGUGCCACAAUUGUUUUGAUAAUACAGUCUCAUUUUCCAAAUAUAUUAUUGGAAGAAGAGAUGGUGUCUGCCCCUGAGGUAACUGGGCCAGCAAAGGGGCAGGAAACGAUAGAGGAGGAGGACGAGGAGGAGGAGGGAGAGGAGGAGGAAGAAGGAGUGGAGGGGGAGGAGGGAGAAGGGGACAGGGAAGAGGAGGAAGGGAAAGUAGGGGAGGAAGAGAAUGAGGAGGGGUAAGAUUUACCACUAGCACAAGACAAAAAUGUAAUACAAAAAAAAGGCAAAAAAUAUCCCCCAAAAAACAAAUGGGAAAAAAAAAACCAACAUGGAGUUUUAACGAGAAAGAAUACACACAAACCACUAUUGCAAAAACUUUUAUUCCUUUCUUUUUCCCAUAUUUAUUCAAUGAAUUUAAAUUAAAAAAAUAAAGAAACAAACAAAAACCAUAUAUUUAUAAUAAGUACUGUAAGGCAAGUUCUUAGACACUAAGAACAAAUAAAGAUACGAUGAAAGAAAUACUGAAAAAAAGAUUUGGCCAGUCUAAUUAAUCUUAAGAUCGCACAAUGCUAUCCUGAUAAAGGAGGAAAUUUCCAUGUUCUAACUAUGUUUCUGUCUACGUGCUUUAAAAUUUUCUUAAGUGGGUUAAAAAGUCUCUCGAGUAUUAAAUAAGAUUAUACAUGUAAGGUGCUCAGGACCGUUCCAAGUUCAGGACAAGCAUUUGAUAACUUUUGGUCUUGUUCUCAUCAUUCCUAUCAUAACUGUUAUUGGUAGUGGUGUUGGUGGUGGUGGUUUUCUCCACGUGCUAUCAAGGCAUCUAAUACCAUUCUCUGUCUCUGUAGUAUAUGUCUGGAAUGGUUUAAGAGGUAUUUGUACAUGCUGCUAGGAGACAAAUUUAUUAUUUCUACUUCAUGUUCAAUAUUUAAUUAAAGUCUCGCUGUAAUUCUUUACUGGGCCAUAUAAUUUGUUACCACCAAGGGCUAAUAAAUGUCAAAAGUUUAAUUAGUUGUGAUUGAGCAGUCUGGCUGCUUCCAAAUUUAUUUGAUAAAAUAAAAUAAAAUAGUUAUUUACUUGCAGUUAUUCAAUAUGUAUAGUAAAAGUUCAUAAGCUAAUAAUAUAAAUUAACUUACUGCUUGUAGUACUAAUAAGUGAACUGAAUAAAAGUACCUAACAUAAGCAAAAUACCUCAGAUGGAACUAACUCUAUGUUUAUUAAGUAUGUCAUACUGAAAGCCUGUUCUUAAAUGGGACAAGAUGAGAAUUAUACAAAAAAGCCAUGAACUGUUCUCUUGUAUUUGGUAGUUUCUGCUUGUUUGUUUGUUUUCACCUGCUUUAUUUUGUUUUUCUCAAGAGCUCUGCUGUGUGUGUGUGUGUGUGUGUGUGUGUGUGUACACACAUAAAAUUUCCGUAAAGUCAGCCUCUUGAAGUAACCCAGCCUCCUGAAAUAAAGCCUUAGGUACAGAAAAGGGCUGAUUCUCUUCAGUGAUUUUAUUUAUUAUUAUUAUUAUCUUGCAUUUGUGUACCACUUCAUAGCUUAGAAUACUUAUUUUUAUUACACAAGUUACAGGUUGUCUCCUUCAGCUAUAGCGCUCAAGGGAUUUUAGUGUGAAUCCCAGAGAUGUCUGGGAAAACUACCCUUGUUCUGUUUCCAUGGCACUGAGUUCAGGAAGGUACUUUCGCCAGGAUAUUUUAGCACAGACGGUCUGGGUGUGAUGGAGAAGCAUUUGAUUAAUUUCUUAAAGUACGCGUAUUCUAUUCUGCAUUGUAAAACUGAAACUGUUGAGAUGCUCCUGGCCCUGGUAAGGCAGUCUCCAGCACGUGUUUGUACCGCAUUAUGUGCAGGAAUAUCCCAGCAUAUGCCUCCAAUCCUUCAUUCAUUUAUACUUUAAUCUCUGCCACCAUACCUCUGCUAGUGAGGUUUAGUACUAGGAAGUCUGCGCCCUCUUGGUCCUGGAGAAUAUUGCUGCCCUCUGCCGUAUGUCCUGACAUUCUUUUGUGUCUUUUACAUGAGUGAAAACUGUCUGAUGUUCCCAAGGGUUUGGGCCUUGUUUAUCUGUCAGUCCAUUUAUAUGGUUACUAUAGCAGUUGUGCAGAGUGGCAGCCAAUGGAAAUGACACAUAAAGACUCCCUAUUCAAUAUGGGUAAAUCUCUGCAGGGAAAACUUGGGGAUCAUGAAGGGGACAGAGAUGAUACUGUGACACCCUUUUGGUUUUCUGUUUACCCUGGACUCAGCUAAGGGCUUGAGAGAGUGUGAAAGAAUCAGUACACCAUGCUAUAUCAUAUGGGUUGCAGUAUCUGUCCCCAGUUUGUCACUUGCCUUUGUACUUGUCUAGGGUGCUGUUUAAAAUUUUUCUGUGUAGCAGGAAAGAUGGCAGUCAGUAACCCUAGGCCUGUGUUCUUAUAUCUUACAAAGAAGGGGAAAAAAAUUUGCCUUACCAGCUCCAUCCCAAAACUCAGGAAGUACUCUGAUGGGCUUAGCCUGGAUCAUGAUCUCAUUCCUGAGCAAAUGGCCAUACCCAGAGAAUGCAGACAAAGACCAGGCAAGACUCUGGCUCAAUCUAGGAUCUGUGCCCAUUCCAAUACGUGGAAGAGCAUGUCACCAACACGGACAGCCAACCAUGGCUAUAAAGAGCUAGUGGAUGGGGAAAUGUUCUGUACGCAGAAACCAGAAACACCAGAGUCCCCACAGUUAAUUGCAGCAACGUGCCCCUACAGUUUUUCCCAAACUGAUAGCCAGUUGUCUUGAAAUCACUUUUUGAAUCAUUAGUUAAUCCCCAGGUAUGUUUGGGCAUAUACUAGGACAAAAAAAAUCCCAUUGCAAUUUUGGCCAAAUACAAUUUUGAUUUGCACUUGAAAAUGUUGAAUUAAAGUUAAAUCGAUCUCUUUCCUAUAUACUACAAGAAUUCUCAGAGCCUUUGAUAGGCUGUAUUUGAAUGCGGGAUCUCUAGGGCACGUGGAAAAUAUGAAGAGUAGUUUUCCACCCUUCUUACCAUCUAGCGCUUUCUCACAUAUCUGGUCUGUUUUCAAGAGAGUAUAGUUUGGUAAAUGCUGCCAUAUAUUAAAUCUUAUAAACAUUUGCAUUUAGUUUAAAAUUUUUAAUUUUAUUCCAUUGAUCUGUCUAGUUAGGUUAGUGGUAAGAAAUGGAUUAUGCCGAGGUGAUGGUUAAUUUUAUGUGUCAACCUGACUGGGCUAGGAGAUGCCCAGAGAGCAGGUAAAACAUUCUUUCUGGGUGUGUCCGUGAGGGUACAUCCAGAAGAUAUCAGCAUUUGAAUCAGCAGAGCCAGUAUAGAAGACCCCCUCCCCAAUGUGGGUGAGCAUUAUCCAAUUUGCUGAGGGCGCUAAUAGAACGAAAAGGUGGACGAAGGGCAAAUUCACUCUUUCUGCUUAAGCUGGGGCAUCCAUCUUCCUCCGCCCUCAGACAUCAGCACUCCUGGUUCUCAGGCCUUCAGACUCAGAUGGGGACUUACACCAUUGGCUACCCUGGUUCUCAGGCCUUCGGGCUUGAACUAAGACUGCAGCACCAGCUGUCCUGGGCCUGCAGCUUGCAGAUGGCAAAUCAUAAGACUCCUCAACCUCUGUAAUCGUGUCAGCCUCUCCCUCAUAAUAGACUCCUUUCUGUGUACCUCUAUAUCUCCUAUUGGUUCUGUUUCUCUGGAGAACCCUAAUACAGCUGAGAUGCUGUUAACCUAGGUCUCUUGAACUAGGAAUAUCACAUCCGCCUCGCUCCUCUCCCUCUCCCAGACACAUACUCCCUCACUACAUGAGACUUAAGGAAGGCAAAGUAACACUUUACUGUUAGCAAGGACUUUGUCCCCACUAAAGAACCAUAGGGAGCUUGAUUAAGCUCUGUCCAACUAUGACCUGUGCACUCUCCCACCCCAAUACCUAUCCCUGGAUCUCAGGAUUCACCAUUGAAUAGAACUGAAAGCCAUACCUACCUGCCAAUUACCAGAGGAAACAGAAGCCAAAGAAUUUAGCAGAUGUCUAUCCCAGGUCUAUCUUGUAUGAGUAAAGAUAGAAAUGUUACAACUCCAGAAGGAGAUGUCCCUAAGUAUGGCGCAAAAAUAGAGACGAAAUCACACCCAUGUUUAUUGGGACUUUUUUUUUCCUUUGACUGCUCCAUUCCA